AUGCCAGGUGCGUCGUCGUGGCUCGCGGCCCUCGGCUUCCUGGUCUCAAGAGCAGCAUGUGUGCCGACGUGCCCGGUGGCUCUCCCAUUUGACUGGGUGCGGCCCGCCUAUGCCUUUCCAUGGCGCGGGAGCGACGCUGUUUGGUCGUUCACGCGCGUCUUCCCCGAGCGCAAGCUGGUACUAUGCACUGUGCCGGGAGCAGGCUCAACACCGACCCGCAACUUUGUCAACGCGCUCGCCUCUGUGCUCUCACACGGCCGCUACAACGCAUCAGUCCUUCCCUACAGCAAGGCCCACCCUGAGAUGCAGCAGGCGCCAUGGCUCCACCCGCUCGAGAUGAUGCCGCGCGAGGAGGUCGAGCGCAUCGCCUGCGACAGCACCUGGACGCGCAUUGCACUGGUUCGCAACCCGUUUGCCCGCUUGCUCUCAAAGUUUGCGGACAAGAUCGUGCGGCACGGGUACGAGACCAAGCCCAGCGCCGACUCAAGCCGCAACGACAUGCUCUUCCGACCGCCCGCGCGGAUCGAGGACGGCCUCAACUUUAGCGCCUUCACGCAGCGGCUCGCGGCGGUCAACCAAUGGGAGAGCAACGCCCACCGCCGCCGGCCGAGGCGGGCGCGGCCAGACGGCAAGACGAGUGGCCGCGAGGGGUCGGGCGACAAGGACGUGCGGCCCGAUGGAGAGGCGCAUUACGUCGACGAGCACUUUCGCGGCGGCUCCAACUUUUGCGGCAUGCGCCACGUCCCGUACCGCCUCAUCCGGUACGAGUCCCUCGGGGACGGGCUGCGGCAGCUCGCCGCGCAGCUCGGCGUCGGCAGCGACCCCACGAUAGCGCAGCAGCUGGAUGACAUACUCCCGCACAAUCGCUGCCUCGAGGCGGCCAAGCUGCGGAAGUACUACACCGCCUCCGACGUCGUCCGCGUGCGGCGCUACUUUCACGAGGACUUUGUGCGGUUCGGCUACUCUCCGCAGCUGCCGCCGGCGUGCAACGACAGUGCGAAGAAGGCGAUGCGGAGGUGA